UAUUUAGUUUCUCACAAUCCCAUCAACAUAAAAGCAAGAUGCUUGGGAUUCAACAGUUUACUUGGUGAAAUAUAAACACGUGCGUUGGCUUAUCUAAGGGAAACAAAAACAAUGGGAGGAGGAAUUGACAGGAUCAGCACAUUACCUGAUGUUCUUCUUUGUCACAUCCUUUCUUAUGUGCCAUCCAAGACAGCAGUGGCCACAAGCAUUCUAUCAAAUAGGUGGAGGAAUAUCUGGAACUCCGUCCCCGCCAUCGAUCUCGAUGACUCACUCUACCUUCACAUCGGAGACUACCAUCCUUUUGCCAACGUCGCAUACGCACUCAUGCUUAGGCUACACGCGACGCAGCCAAUCCUAACUUUCCGCCUUAAAUGCCAAUCUUCUCUCUCAUGCGCCCCUUGGGAUCUAAAUCUCUGGAUCGACACUGCCAUACAACACUGCGUUGAAACCAUGGAGCUUUCGCUGCCACUUACCGUCAAGCUGCCUUCAACGGCUCUCACAAGCGCGAAACUCGUGUCACUGACGCUAAGAGGAUUAACGGUGGAUAAUGUACGGAGUGUUUCGUUGCCUGCACUGAAGUUUUUGCACCUUAACGAUGGAGUUCGUUUCACGGAAAGUCGGUAUUUGGAGAUGCUGCUAUCGGGCUGCCCAAUUCUUGAGGAUCUCCGGAUCGGUCAACUGGAGGCUUGGCACUUUGUGACGGAAUUUAACCUCCCCAACUUGAUCAAAGCAGAUGUUAUGAGCGUUUCGGUUCCAAUUGCCAAGUUUUAUAACGUCAAAUUUCUCUCUAUCUGCGUGGUAUGAAUUCUUUCCAAGUGCAUCAUGUCAUUGCUACCACUGGGGUGUCAAAAUUUUUGUUUUGUCCAGUUUAUUUUUAUGAGUUUAAUUUUGAUGCCUUAACGAUCUAAUCAUUAUUUUGAUAAAUGACCAUUCAUG